UAAAUUAGGAUACAGAAAACACUUUUCCCCUUCUUUUUUUCACUAGAAAGUGCAACAUUUGCUGGAGAGAUGAGGUUUUCUGGGCUCUGUUUGUUUAGGUAAAAAAUGGUUUGAGGAAACAUCUUUUGGCAUGGUGGUACAUUUCCAAAUCUAUCUAGCUGCUUCUGAUUUGUCCAUUGUUCGCUGACUUGGUCAUUGCUUUUCUGCAACGGAUGCUGGAAAUUAGGGCUGAGCGAGUUUCGGAGCUUUACGAUCUUCAAAAUUGGUGAGAGACUCGAACAUUAUCUAGAAAUGAGUACUUGUUUCCUCUGUAGAAGAGUAGUAUCACUCACAAAUGUAGGGCAAAUGUUUGAAAUUUCAAGGACCCGAGUGCAUUUUCUUCAAAAUACCCAACUUCUUAUGCUUAGAUCUUUCUCUUCGCCCAAACAACACUCUUUCACAGUGUCUUACCUCAUGAACUCAUGUGGGUUGUCCCCAGAAACUGCUCUAUCUGCAUCACGGAAGAUACAGUUUGAAACCCCAGAAAGAGCAGACUCAGUCCUCGCACUCCUUAGAAAUUAUGGAUGCACCAAUACCCAUAUCUCCAAAAUUGUAAGCCGGUAUCCGCUCCUGCUCACUGCCAAUCCUGAGAAGACCCUUUUACCCAAACUGGAGUUUUUCUGUUCUGUAGGCUUUUCAGGGCCUGACCUUGCUAGUAUUGUCGUUGCUGGCCCACAGAUCUUGAAAAGGAGCUUGGAAAAUCAUGUUAUUCCUAGUUAUAAUUUCCUCAAGAGUGUACUUAUGGUCAACGAAAAUAUUGUGAGGGCCCUCAAUAAGUCAUACUGGCUUCAUGGUCAAAGCCUGCAAAACAUCAUGGCUCCAAAUAUUGCAACUCUGAAAGAAAUUGGAGUUCCCAUGUCAAAUAUUUCAUUUUUGGUAACAUGUCACCCUGGCGCAGUGUCCCAAAACAAGGAAAAGUUUAGUAGAAGUGUCAAGAUGGUUAUUGAAAUGGGAUUUGAUCCUUUGAGAGUUCCAUUUGUGAAAGCUGUUCAAGUGAUCAUGGAAAUGGGUGAAUCAAUGUGGGGGCAUAAAAUGGAGGUUUAUAGGCUGUGGGGUUUGACAGAUGAUGAGAUUAUGUUGAUGUUCCGAUUGGAUCCCUUAUGUAUGAAGUCAUCAGAGAAGAAAAUAAUGAGUGUGAUGGAUUUUCUGAUUAAUAAGAUGGGUUGGAAACCUGCUGCUAUUGCUAGAUAUCCAACAGUCUUUUUGCGCAGUCUUGAGAAGAAGAUUAUUCCAUGGUGUUCAGUAGUGAAAGUUCUUCAAAUGAAGGGGUUGGUGAAGAAGGAUCUGUGUUUGAGUUUUUUAGGCUCCAGUGAGAAGAAUUUGUUCAAUAGGUUCAUGGUGAAAUAUGAGCAUGAAGUUCCUGAGCUUUUAAAUGUAUAUCAAGGAAAAAUUGGUAUUUUGGAACUUGGCUUCGUGUCUGAGGGGAUGAUGUAGGAUGAAACAGUUGUAGUAUCUCAACUUAACAAUUCCAAGUCUAAAUCCACCAUGAACUCUGCUUUUUUUAAACCAUGGGAUAAUAGGUAUCUGGAUGGAAAGAACAGAAGUAAUUCAAGGUUCUCUAUAAGCUAAGAAAGGUGCUAUAAGAUCAAAGGUUCUAUGGGGGCAUCAUCCUCCCAUCAUUGCUUUUACCUCGAAUUGGGUACCAAGUACUUGAUUGAUUAUUGUUGUGAUUCCCUUUAUUUUUAUUUUGCAAGGCAUUGCCUCAUUGGUUUUGCCUUGUCGUAACAUUUUCUUUUCAAGCCUGAUGCUCUAUAAAUUCUGUUCUGCUGUUGUUCCAAGGCCUCUGUUCAUCCAAUGCCCCUUCAGUUCCUUCUCACAUGGAAACUUCUCAAGACCUUGGAUCUUCCCUGACAGUUCUUCCAAAGCAGAACGUGCCGUAUGCAACAUGUUGGGCCUUCUACUGAGUGACUCUGGGAAACUCCCGUUUGCCACAGAGCUUUGCUUUGGUAUGGAUUGGAUGUUUCUAUUUGAUAAGGAAUAUAAGGCAGCUAACCCAUAGGCAGACUUUGGAUUUUCUUUUUCUAAUCUGUAACAGUUGUUCUAAUGUAUUUCUACAGAGGCAGGCAACCCCAUUGAGCCCCAAGUUCUAGCUUGCCUAGAGGCCUUAAAAUAAGAGUGGUGUUGGGGUCUCUGCCUACAAAUUGCAGAAAAUGAGGUGGUUCUUCCUCGAGCAUUAUCAUUCGGGUUGGCCUAUGGUACCGAAUUCAGGGCGGUACCUUAGAAUUUUCCAAAUCAUAUUCAAACUUUAAAGCCUCUUGUCACAACCAGCAAAGAAAUUAGGGUUAUUGCAUCACAAGGGACUAGACGAUAACCACUCUUUAUAAUCUAUAGGCAGAUUAAAGGGCAGAAAAUUCCUUUCUCUAUCAUAUGUAUGGAAAUUUAACUAUCAAGAUAAGUUGGUUUCUUUGCCAUUUGAUAAAUUGUGCAGUUUCAUCGCUUCUAAUUUGUACAUGAAAAGUAGGUUCAAAACUUUUUUCAAAGAGAAGACAUGAGGAACAGGUAAAGAACCUCAAGUUUUUAAGAAAAGCGAAUAAUCACGAUUAAAAGGGAUGAAAUGAUUCUCAAAUUUAUAAAUUUAAUUUCAUACCUAAUUUUUUAAAAACCUUCUAGAGGCUUAGAGCCAUUAUCAAACCCAUCUUUCCAUCAAAUAUAAUUGUCCCUAAAAGUAAGAAAAAGAAUACACUACUCUUUAAUAAAAUCGUGUUAGAAUUUCUCUCCUUUUAAAACUAUGUAUAUAUAAAGGUUUUUCUCUAUGGGUUUUUUUUCUUUGGACAAUAUACAGAAAGAAGUUGUAGUAUUUCUCUCACAUUUCAAAACCAGGAAUGCAUGGAAAAGGGUUUUUUCUAUACAGGGCUUUCCAUGUUUGGAGAACGAGACAGAGAGAGGAGAGUCCAUAUGAAGUCUACUUGCUAGUUGCUGCCACGCAAAAGAAAUAUGGCUUCCUCUGCAAAACACUUCAAUUACUGCAAAUGAGGAGAAGCACCAAGGGAUUAAUCCACCACUGAACUCUGCUUUCUUUAAACCAUGGGAUAGCAAGCAUCUGGAUGGAAAGAACAGAAGUAAUUCAAGGUUCUCUAUAAGCUGAGAAAAUCAAAGGAUUCUUUGGGAGCAUCAUCCUCCCAUCAUUGCUUUUACCCCAUAUUAGGGCCUCCGUUCAUCCAGUGCUCCUUGUUCAGCUCGUUCUCAAAUUGAAACUGCUGCAAGACCUUGGAUCUUUCCUGACAGUUCUUCCAAAGCAGAAUGUGCAGUAUGCAACAUGUUGGGCCUUCUACUGAAUGACCCAGUAAAGUCCCGAUUACCACAUAGCGUGGCUUUGGUAUGGAUUGGAUGUUUCGAUUUAAUGAGGAAUAUAAGGCAGCUAACCCAUAGGCAGACUUUGGAUUUUGUCUUCUAAUCUGUGAUAGUUGUUGGCUAAUGUAUUUCUACAGAGGCAGGCAACCCCUUUAAAGCCCAAGUCCUAGCUUGCCUAGAAGCCUUAAAAUAAGAGUGGUGUUGGGGUCUCUUGCUUAUGGAUUAAUGAGGUGGUUCUUCCUCAAGCAUUAUCAUAAAUCUUAAAACUGUUGGGUCUUGGAACAUUUUUUUGCUUUGCUUGUUUGUUUCUUGUGUUCUUCUGAUGCAUGAUUCCAAAAAGGGAGUCAUUCCUUCCUUGGAUUCAAUGAUUUACUUGAAAUUUUAGAAUCAAAGAAUGCAUGGUUCUA